AAGCGGCCGCGUCGGACGACGGGGGCUGCCGAGCCCCCGGGGCCGGGCCGGGAACGGCGACGUUCCCCCACCAGGGCGGGCACGGCCGCGGCCACAGGAGCUGCCUCGGUGCCGGACCGGGCAGCGGGAGGGGAACAGACCCAUGAAGCUCCCCCAGGCCGGGGUGCAGGGCACGGAGUGGAGCUGCCCCGGCUCUGAGAGCAGCACCGCGACCGGGAGAGCCUCACCAGGGCCGGGCAGUGCUGUGGGGACGUGGAUGCUGUAGGACGAUGCCGUGUGGGGUCGGUGGCCGCGCGGUGCUGGCGCUGAUGACUCUGUCCCUCGGCCUCGCAGCCGACGAGCUGCUGUGCGCCUGCGACGUGCCCUUCUGCAGCCAGCCCACCUGCACGGGCAAGGUGUGCUUCGUCAGCAAGAGGAGGGAGGAGGGGACCAUCACCCAGCACCGGGGCUGCUUCUCCCAGAACAUCCUGGAGCACUGCAACACGCCCGUGACGGAGCAGUACGGCAUGAGGUGCUGCGAGUCCCGCAUGUGCAACGCCGAGCUGGAGAUCUUCCUGCAAGGAGAAGAUGCCCUGGGAAAGGCGCCUUCCCUGCCCAACCUCCUCCUGAUGAUCUUCGUCCCACUGCUCGCCCUCCUCGUCCUCGUGGCGCUCACGGCGCUCUUCUGCUGGAAGGUGGCCCAGCAGCGCCACAAGCAGAGUGACCUCAGCGACACUGACCUCAUGCUGAAGGCAUCCAUGGUGGGAGACAGCACCUUGGAGGACCUGCUGAACGAUGACUGCACCACGGGAAGCGGUUCAGGGCUGCCCUUCCUGGUGCAGAGAACGGUGGCCAGGCAGAUCACCCUCGUGGAGUGCGUGGGCAAAGGGCGCUAUGGUGAGGUGUGGCGAGGCGUGUGGCAUGGCGAGAGCGUGGCUGUGAAGAUCUUCUCCUCCCGGGACGAGCAGUCGUGGUUCCGCGAGACGGAGAUCUACAACACCGUCCUGCUGCGCCACGACAACAUCCUGGGUGAGCAGGGGGGCCGGCAGGGCUGGGCAGGCGAGGGGGCAGCUGCGUGGGGGCUCCACGGUGCCAGCUCUUCUCCCUGCCCAGGCUUCAUCGCCUCCGACAUGACGUCGAGGAACUCCAGCACCCAGCUGUGGCUCAUCACCCACUACCACGAGAACGGCUCCCUCUACGACUUCCUGCAGAGGACGGCCCUGGACGUGGAGACCUGCCUGGGCCUGGCCUCCUCCAUCAUCUGCGGCCUCGUCCACCUCCACGUGGAGAUCUUCGGCACCCAGGGCAAGCCCGCCAUCGCCCACCGGGACCUGAAGAGCAGGAACAUCCUGGUGAAGAGCAACCGGCAGUGCUGCAUCGCAGACCUGGGACUGGCUGUCAUGCACUCCCAGGGCAGCGACUACCUGGACAUCGGCAACAACCCCCGUGUGGGCACCAAGCGCUACAUGGCCCCGGAGGUGCUGAGCGAGCAGAUCCGCACCGACUGCUUCGAGUCCUACAAGAAGACGGACAUCUGGGCCUACGGGCUGGUGCUCUGGGAGAUCACCCGGCGCACGGUGGUGAACGGAAUCGUGGAGGAGUAUCGGCCACCCUUCUUCGACGCCGUCCCCAGCGACCCCAGCUUCGAGGACAUGAAGAAGGUGGUGUGUGUGGACCAGCAGACCCCCGUGAUCCCCAACCGCCUCUUCUCCGACUCGGUUCUGUCGGCGCUGGCGAAGGUCAUGAAGGAGUGCUGGUACCAGAGCCCCUCCGCCCGCCUCACCGCCCUGCGCAUUAAAAAGACGCUGAAGAAGCUGAACAAUUCCCUGGAGAAGCCAAAGCCGGAGCAGUGAGCGCCAGGAACACCCUGGGGCCACUCACGGGCUGCACCGGGGACUGCGGCGAGGCCAAUGUCGGGAUGGCUCCGGUCACAGAGGGGUUCUGCUCACAGCCCCUGCCUCUCCCACCCUUCCUUGGAGCCGUUUGGAUUUGCAAGGAGGAAAAAAAUAGGAAAAAAAAGACACACUACCAAACUAUAGGAGGAAUCUUCGAGUCGGCUAUAAAAAUACUCCCCGGAUCCGUCAUCCGACGCCGGCGCGUCUCGUCUGCCCGGCGGGGAUGGCAGCGGGUGCCUGGGGCUGGUGGCACACCCUGAGCCCCCCAGUUGGACACCACGGUGAGGGGCACCGAGGACAGGACCAUCCCCUGCUGCGCCCUGAGCCCGUGGGGCACCCACCCAGCGCCAGCACUGUCCCGGUGUUCCGGCACCGGAGCUGCCCAGACCUGCCCGCCCGGCGCUGGCAGCGGGAACGCCGCGGGCUCGGCAGGCGGCAGGAAUUCCCCGGCAGGGCCGCAGUGCCCGGCGCGCCUCUCGCCGAAGGACAGGGAUGGAUUUCACCGGGAAAGGAUGGUUGGUGCAAGGCCAGACAUCGCCCUGGUCACGCCGGAUCCGCACCCUGGCACAUCGUGGAGCUCCCUGGGGUGAGGAGCUGCUGGCGUCAAGCGCGGCCUGAGCGUCCCGUGUGCCGCAGGGACCUUCCCAGGUGGGGGUCCCGUGGUGGGCUGAUCCUUCCCUGCCCGGCAGCCGGCACCCCCUUCCCAAAGCAGUGCCCUUUGGGGUCUUUGCCAGCAUUUUGGUGUUUCCCGAGGUGUUCCGGUUCCCAUCCCGCAUCGCUUGCCGCCGUCCCAAAAUCCACCCCGCGCUCCAGGCUGCUCAGACACGACCGGGAUGGGACACUCAGCAGGGCCAGCUUUGCUCCAUAACUAUUUAAUUAUUAAGAUUUAAUAUAUUUAAUAAAGUGUAAAGCUAU